AGUAUGGCGAGGUCAACGGGACCGUCGGCGACCGAGACCCCUUCCUGACAUCUCCCGGUGCCAGCGACUUGCCGGGUCCCGUUUCCGUGGUCUCCAACGGCAGCCAGCCCGGCAGAGAGCUUAGCCUUGCUCUCAAGCAGACAGUGAAAGGUGGGAUGUUCGUUAAAGCUGGCCUAAAGACCAAGACCUUCACCCUGAAGAACAGCCUGGACAGGAAGAACGAGCAAUGCAACGAGAGCGCAGGCCGAGAGGGUCACCCUUGGGACAAAGCCAAGAUGCACCCCAACGUCCCCAACGGCAUCCUGCCCGACGGCUCUGAGUACAUCACCAACGGCUGCGCCAGCAAAGGGGCCGACAACGACGGCAGCGGCUCAGAGAGCGGCUACACCACGCCCAAGAAGCGGAAAGGACGGCGCAACAGCGUCAAGGGCUGCGAGAACUUGAGUCUGGGGCAGGAGAACAUCGUGCCGGGCAGCCCGGUCCCGGCCUUGAAGCUGGAGCCGGAGCCUUUCAGGGCCGACAGCGGCGGGGGGGACCCGAAGGCCGGCCCUCCUCGGCUGGACGGCCUGAAGCCCGCGUGGAAGUGUGAGCAGCCCCCGGGGGGCCUGGGGGUGGGCCGCGGGAAGCCAGUCGGCGUUGGGGACAUGCUUCGGAAGGCCGCGGAGGCCAAAGUCGGACCGGCCGGCAAAAAGUUUGAGGAGCGUGCCAAGGGGAAGCACGUCUCGUCCUCGAAGGAAGAUUCCUGGACCCUGUUUAAGCCGCCCCCGGUUUUCCCCGUGGACAACAGCAGCGCCAAGAUCGUUCCCAAGAUCAGUUACGCAAGCAAAGUGAAAGAGAACCUCAACAAGGCGGCUCCUUCCCUCUCCUCCUCCUCCUCUUCCUCCUCCUCCUCCUCCUCCUUGUGUUCCUCUUCCGCAGGGGAGGUCCCGGCCCAGCCCUCCACCCGCCUCCCCCAGGUCCCCAUGUCCGCCAUGAAGUCCGUUACAUCGGCCAGCUUCUCCAACGGGCCCCUCUUGGCAGGGGCUGACCGCGGGGGCUGUCCGGCCGGGGUCCAGGCCCUGCUGGUGCCGGCUGCAAGUACUGUCCUUUCGGCCUCUUCCAAGCUGGCCUGCCAGGACGCCGGUCCCUCCAUGGUCGCCAACGAGCAGCCCAAGUCGAGUCUGUUCAUCUACCCCUCCAAUAUGCACGGCCUGUUCAGCGUGGCCGAGUCUCCGUUCCUGGCCACGCAGCAAAACUUGGGCGAUAUCUUCCAGAACCAGUGGGGGUUAUCGUUUAUAAACGAGCCCAGCACGGGCCCGGAGACUUCUUCGGCCAGGAAGCCGACGGACACCAAGGGGGCCGAGGUGACCUUCCAGGGCUCCUGCCCCGCCACGUUGGUUCCUCGCGGGGCCGAGACGCCUCCCGCCGGACCCGAACCGCCGGCCUUCCCCAAGGCCUACGAGCUGGCCAAACGGACUAGUCCCCAGCUGUUGGGCGGCCUCUUAAAGCUGGGGGCCGCUGGGGAGGAGAGCCAGCUGCUGUUGGAGCCCCAGCUGCCGGGGGGCCUGCCCCAGGCUGAGCUGGGGGGGGCGGGGGCCUUUGUGUUCCUCGCCAAGGACUACCACGUAGAAAGUUGCUUGCCUUCGCCUACGAACACUUUGUUAGCCUCCACCAAAGAGCCGAGCCCCCCCAGCGGUUUGGAAAGAAAAGCCAGCUGGGGGGAGUUUGACCUGCGGGCAGCUGUUCUAUAUCACAUCCAAGAAAUGGAAUCUAUUUGUAAUUUGCAAAAGCGAGAGUGUGGCGGGGAAGCGGUUUAA